AUGCUGCAUAAGAAAUGCACGCGCUAAUAUCUGAGCCAAUUUCUUUUAAACUAGAAAACUUCACUAAACAUGUGAGACCGUUUAUUUCCCUUACAUUUCGCCUCCUCUUUCUCUUCUCUCUGUCUCAUUCAUCUGCAAGUUUUCCCUAUUCCCUUAUUCGCUGAAUUUUCUUUUUUGCUUAGAAAUUGAGACUCCACACACUUGAUGCAAAUUUCAAUAACUCUAUUGCAAAAUUUAAGAAUUUGAUGAGAAGUCGAAGUCGAAAACCAUAUGCAUCUAUGAAGACUGGGGCACGAAAGUCGCCGCCGCCACACCACCUGAUGCAGUUGCCGCUUGAGCUUCGUCUUUGGCGAUUUGCUUACGGUUUUUUCAGAUGGAAUGGCAGAUCUUGCUAGCUUUGGGAAUUCUGAGCGUGACAUUGAGCAAGCACUGGUAGCUUUAAAAAAAGGCUCUCAAUUACUUAAGUAUAAUCGGAAAGGGAAGCCAAAAUUUCGUCCCUUCAGACUCUCACCUGAUGCUACAACAUUGAUUUGGAUUUCUCAUGGAAGGGAAAAAAAUCUGAAGUUAUCUUCUGUUUCACGUAUCAUCCCUGGACAAAGAACUGCUGUAUUUAGAAGGCACUUGCGCCCAGAAAAGGAUUAUCUAUCAUUUUCACUUGUUUAUAAAAAUGGGGAACGGACACUUGAUCUGAUUUGCAAGGACAAAGCUGAGGUAGAGAUAUGGUUUGGAGGUCUGAAGGCAUUAACUUCUCCUAGACAACACACCCUACGUUCUAAAAGUAACUUAUAUGAUCUACAAGAUGGUGUAGACUUUUUCCCAAUUAGUCGUCCUUUUGGUGUAUUAGAGUUUACUUCAAGCAUUGCACGUGGCAGGGACUCUACAGAUUCUCUAUUGCAUUGGCCAACCUCAGAUGUGGCAACCGAGUGUUCAAAUAUGCAACAAAGGACAAGUACUUCAGAUGGCUUUCGUAUUAGUGUGUCAAGCACACCUAGUUGUUCUAGCGGAGGAUCAGGGCCAGAUGACAUAGAGUCACUGGGUGAUGUUUAUAUAUGGGGAGAGGUUUGGACUGAUGGGGCUUCACCUAAUACAUUAGGUUGUCAAGUUGCUUUGAUGACAGAUGUGCUGGUUCCUAAACCAUUAGAGUCAAAUGUUGUCCUUGAUGUUCAACAGAUUGCAUCUGGUGUGCGUCACAUUGCUCUGGUUACUAGGCAAGGAGAGGUUUUUUCUUGGGGUGAGGAAUAUGGGGGAAGACUUGGUCAUGGGAUUGAUAAAGAUUUCUACCAUCCCCAUCUUGUUGAGUUCCUCUCUGUUCAAAAUGUUGAUUUUAUUGCAUGUGGAGAGUAUCACACCUGUGCUAUUUCUACAUCAGGUGAUCUAUUCACAUGGGGAGAUGGUGCUCAUAAUGCUGGGCUUCUUGGUCAUGGUAGUGAUGUUAGUCAUUGGAUCCCGAAAAGGGUUACUGGCCCUUUGGAAGGUCUUCAAGUUUUAUCCAUAGCAUGUGGUGCAUGGCAUUCUGCAUUGGCAACCUCUAAUGGGAAAUUGUUUACCUUUGGUGAUGGAACAUUUGGUGUCUUGGGCCAUGGAGACAGGAAGAAUGUGUCAUAUCCAAAGGAAGUACAAUCAUUGAGUGGACUAAAGACUAUUAAGGUUGCUUGUGGAGUAUGGCACACUGCAGCUAUUAUAGAGGUUAUGGGUCAUCAAGGUUCUAAUAUUUUAUCCAAGAAGCUCUUUACUUGGGGUGAUGGUGACAAGUAUCGUUUGGGUCAUGGAAACAAGGAAACCUACCUUCAACCUACUUGUGUCUCUGCACUAAUUGAUUAUAAUUUUCACCAGAUAGCCUGUGGGCACACUUUGACUGUUGCCUUAGAUACAUCAGGUUUUGUAUUUACUAUGGGUAGCACUAUAUAUGGUCAAUUAGGAAAUCCUUUGUCUGAUGGAAAAAUGCCUACAAAGGUUCAAGAUAAGUUGGUUGGUGAAUUUGUUGAGGAAAUAUCAUGUGGAGCACAUCAUGUUGCUGUCUUGACAUCAAGAAGUGAAUUAUAUACCUGGGGGAGGGGAGCAAAUGGAAGAUUAGGGCAUGGAGACAUAGAAAACAGAAAAUCACCAACACUAGUUGAAGGUUUGAAGGAUAGGCAUGUCAAAAAUAUCUCUUGUGGCUCAAAUUUUACAUCCUGCAUAUGCAUCCAUAAAUGGGUUUCUGGAUCUGAUCAAUCUGUUUGUUCUGGUUGUCGGCAAGCAUUUGGUUUUACUAGAAAAAGGCAUAACUGUUAUAAUUGUGGGUUGGUACAUUGUCAUGCUUGUAGCUCUAAGAAGGCUCUAAGAGCAGCAUUAGCACCAACACCAGGAAAACCGCAUCGUGUGUGUGAUGCUUGUUAUAGUAAGCUUAAAGCUACUGAGAUUGGGAGUGCUUCUACUUCUAAUAGGAAACCUACUCCUCCUCGUCAAUCCUUAGAUGGCAGGGAAAGAUUAGAUCGGGGAGAAGUAAGGUCUUCAAGAAUUCUCAUGUCUUCUAUCACUGAGCCAGUAAAAUUCCUUGAGAUAUGGGGAAAUAAGAUUGAAUCUAGACAUGAUUUUUCUUCUAUAGCCCAAACUCCUCAAUCAAUUUUAGAAUUCAAAGAUGUUGCAUUUCCAUGUUCAUUGAGGCCCAUUCAUAAUACUUUCAAGCCUACUUCUGUAACUUCGAGUCCACCAAGAACUCCCCCAGCCAAUUUAAGACCUGCAUCACCAUAUAUAAGACGACCAAGCCCAUCGCGUUCUUCCACCCUUGGGUUUUCUAGAAGCAUGAUUGAAAAUUUGAGGAAAUCAAAUGAGCUUAUAAACCAAGAACUCUCCAAAUUACAAAAUCAAAUUCGAAGCUUGAAGCAGAAGAAUGACAUGCAAGACAUGGAGAUUCACAAGCUGAAGAAAAAUGUUAAGGAAGCUACCUUGUUGACUACUGAGGAAUCUUCUAAGCAUAGGCUGGCUAGGGAGUUUAUUAAGAGCAUGACAGAUCAGUUGGAAGAGGUGACACAACAUUUGCCACCUGAUAGUCCAGACAGUGAAACGUUGAGAAGUAUCCAUGCUCAAGCUGAAGAUUUUCUAAGAGAAAAUAUAGAAUCUGAAGCAUCAUGUUCCAUACUUUCAAACUUAGAGUCUAAUCAAGAAACUGGAUAUGACACGCCAGCUUUAGAUAUCAAUGGUUCUAAAUUGCAAGAACAUAAAAUUAUUGAUCCUGUUGGAGUUGAACCAUCUCAAGAUUCAGGAAGUUCUCUUCAAGAAAGUAAUAGAUCAUCUGUAUCUAGUAUAGAGGCAGCAACAACUCCACAAAGCUUAGAAAAUGGUUCACAAUCACCAGACUCUAUGAAACAAGGGAGAGAAACAGAAUCACAGGUCAUCGAACAAUUUGAAUCUGGUGUUUAUGUGACGCUGGUAAUACGGCCAAGUGGUAGAAAGGCUUUCAAACGAGUUAGAUUCAGUAAGCGAAAGUUCGAUGCACAGCAGGCAGAAGAAUGGUGGAAUAAAAACAAAGAUAUGGUGUUUAGAAAGUAUAGUUCACCAGCAACAAAUCCUGCAGCUCGUGGGUCAUCAUCUAAUACGCAACCAUUAGUUGAAGACAACUCUGAAACUUCUUGAACUUAGUUUUCUUUUCCUAGUCUAUCUAGUCAUUAGAUAAUAUAGGAUAGUCGCAUACCAAUCAACCAAAUGUAAAGAAAACAUAUUUAGACAACUAAUUUAAUUUGAAGAGAGGAGUCUAACAGCAAAAUAUGCAUGAAUGUAACUUUGUGCUACAGAGAACAUAAUUGUAAUAUGACACAAAUUUGAUUUAGAUGUAGAAAAAUUGCUUACCUUUUGAAGUCGA